UGACGUCAUAAAAAUAUUAUCUAUAUACAGUCGUUUGUAACGGUUUCUUCUUCUAAAGAUUGUUGCUGGUGAUCAGAGUGCUCGGUGAGAGUCCUCUGGGUUGCCUCCGUCCCUCUGGCAGGCUUCCCGCACUUUCCGCACAACUCCUUCUCGCCGCUACACUUCCGACACACGUGGUGGUAGGCCAGCCGAACCUUUCUGCCGCCGCACAGCGUACCACUUUCUAGGGGCAGAGAGCGCCUUGUACUUGUCGUAUUUGAUCUUCCACUCAAUAAUCUCCCUGCAACGCGGACACAGACCCGCCAGCUGAACUGUCGAGGGAUCUGAUUUCUUUGUCUCGUGGAGUCUUGGCUUGUAGGUCCACGAGUUCUGGUAUCGCUGGCCUUUCUUGACGCCGUCACCCUUUCUCGUCGUGCUCAUGUUUCUAAUUGAUGCCCCACACAUCACUCUAAUUAUUGCGCGCCAUAACAAUGGCAGCAAGCGCGGAGGUCAGCAAAGAGCGUGAAGGACACCUCUGCGAUGGAUUCCUUGACAGGUUGUCGGGUUUGAUAAACAAGGAGAACGUCCACCUGAUACUCUCAGAACAGGAUGGCAUGUUGGAGACGUUGGAGGUGGCCAACGAGAAGCUCUCUCACCUCAAUGCUCUUUCUGAGAAAUGCUUUGAUCUCCACGUGGCAGAGUUCCGUACCUACACCCAGACCCUCACCAGCAUGAAGAGAGAGCUUGAUUCAGUCUUUAGAAGAAUCAGGUGACUAUCACCUGACUGAGGCAGAGCUGUGUGAAAUGUCUCUAUCUGGCAGGUUGUUGAAGUCUCGAGUUGCUAUGCAGUAUCCCGAGGCCUACACUAAAACCCAGGCUUCGCUUCAGGCAGAGCUGGACGAAAAAGAGAGACUUGAAGAAGAGGAAGAAAAUAGAUAGCAGUGAACAUAAAGUUUUUUCGUGUGUUUCUUCGGUUGCUGGACGGUGCGCUAGCUCCACCCCCGUGGUGGCGUAAGGGGAAUUCCCCGCACGACUGUAUCUGAACUGCGCAUGCUCGAGCGGAGGGGGCGAGGGGGAAUGGCUGUUCCGUUCGUGGCCGUCCAUGCAGGCAAGAGACCGCUCAGCGCCGAUUGCGAGUUCUCCCGCGAGCCUCUUCCACCUGGCAAUGCAUGGCAUAUCCAGCAUUAGCAGGGAACGGAGAUUUCCACGAAAAAAUCUAUAACUCUUUUCCUUAUUCCAUAAUUAUACAGGAGCAGGAUACCACAGUAAUUCCAAUAGUUCCGAGCUAAAAGCUGUGUGUAGAACUGCCUGCAAGGAGGCCAUGGUUCUUUUGGAGGCUGGGCAUACGAGCAGUGAUGCAAUCUCCAGAGCCAUUUCAGUUCUAGAGAACAGUCCCCUGACAAAUGCCGGUCGUGGCUCUAAUCUGACUCUGACUGGUACGGUUGAGUGCGAUGCCAGUAUCAUGGAUAGCGGAGGAGGGUUUGGAGCUGUUGGAGCUGCCUCUGGUGUGCCAAACCCAAUAUCCCUGGCGUUGAGACUGCUACAGAAAAGCUCUGAAGGCUGCCUACCUUUAGGAAGAGUCUCCCCAAUAGUGUUAGUGGCAGAAGGAGCUGGGGCCUGGGCGAGACAAGAAGGCUUGAAUCUCUGUCUUCCAGAUGACCUCAUUACUGGUUCUUUCUCUCUCCGCUCUCUUGGGCCUCACCCUCAAGUACUCUCUCCUCUCUAUCCUCUCUCUCCUCAGACAGAGCUCGGAGUGUGUACGUUGACCACAAAUCAAGACUGGAUGAAAUCACUGCUCAUCCGCCUGUCAAGAAAAGAAAGAUGCCUCCCAUUCAUAAUAGUGUUUCAGAGGCUCCGUUGGAUACGGUUGGUGCGGUAUGUGUUGACAAACGAGGGGGAGUGGCAGGAGGCGUGUCUAGUGGUGGAAUAUCGUUAAAAUUCCCAGGCAGAAUUGGGCAGGCUGCGGUGUAUGGGUGUGGAUGCUGGGCAGAGAGAGAUGCUGGUCCUCACAGUAGAGCUGUGGCUAGCAGCACAUCUGGAACGGGGGAGUACAUCAUAAAGACUAUGCUGGCCAGAGAAGCUGCCCUAGCUGCAGCCGAGGGCCAGCUUCAUGUAGCUAUGAGAGAAAAGUUCCUCGAGUCCAGACUAUUGACAGGGGUAGAGGAAAGGUUGGCUGGUGUUAUUGCUGUCUCUCUAGACCACCAAGGUGGAGUGGAGUUUUCCUGGGGACACACGACUGAGAGUAUGUGUAUUGCCUACUGCUCUUCUGCUCAGACCCACAAUGAGUCUGGACCUACUGCAUUCAUUUCAAAGCUGGAGGCAAUGGACAAGAUAGGAAAGACAGUGCAAACGGCAGGCAUUGCCUUGCACUCGUAACUAAGUAGUCAGUGCAUAUUGUCGCGAUUUUUGCAAUGACGUGUGAAAACAGCUGUCGAAGCGAGCCCCGCCCUCUUUUAUUAUGCCACGCUCACUUAUACC